UUUACGGUCUUUAUUAACAGUAGCCAAGCACAAUGUAUUGUCCCUUCGGGGACAUCCGAUAAAAUUGGAACGAUACAGAGAAGAUUAGCAUGGCCCCUGCGCAAGGAUGACACGCAUAAAUCGAGAAAUGGUCCAAAUUUUUUUUUCUUUCUCCGCAAUAUUUUUUAA